GUAAUUUAACCAAUACUAUGUACGACAAGCAAUGUUUCAAUUAGUACUAAUGCUGAAUGUUCAACAAACUAGUAUCAAAUGGUUUUGAGUUCUUCUAGUCUUCAAAGUCUUCUUGCCGCUGUCAUGAGUGAACAUCGAGUCAACGAGGUAGACUAUCACGCACACACCACCAAAGAAAUGCGAUUACUGCAUGAAAAAAGAACUCCUGCAAUGGUUCUUAACAAGGAAUUUGUAAUCCACAAGGACGUUUGGCAUCCCAACGUCUGUCCAGACUUGGUAGAAUACAUGUGUAGAGAGGUUUUGAGGCUCGUAGAAGAAGAAUUGGCGAAACGCUCAGCCAGUGCCUCGUACGAUUUCCUCGAAGUUGGCUGCGGAGGRGGGUAUACGUCUGUUCUCGUCUCUCUGUCUUCCAAAAAAUGUCGAGUUUGGGCAACUGACAUCAACGAAGCUGCUGUAGCAAACACAAAUGAGAAUGCAAAACUUCAUGGAGUGGAAAAUCGUGUCAAGGCUGUAGUCGCUGAUGUGUUCAACAACGACGACAUCAUUGGAAGAAAGUUCGACAUGAUUUACUGGGCCUCAGCCUGGGCUGGUCAGUAUACCGACAAAGAAGCUCAACUAGAUCCUCUCCUGUAUAGCCUCAUUGAUCCUGGCUACAGAGGUCUUCAACGCUUCCUCUCAGACGCGGGAAGCUAUCUGAAAGAUAAAGGGAGAUUGCUUGUUUGCUUUUCCUACAUGGUUGGUUCCGAAGAGCUUUUCAAGAGCAUCGCACACAAAAAUGGUUGGAAAUUGAAAAUCCUCUCAAGUGAAAAUGUCAACUUAGAUAUAAGUGGUAUAGAAAAGCAGGAAACUCCAGUAAUGAUCGUUGAGCUUCUCAAGAAAGAAGCAUAGGCUCCRUAAMAUUGUACUGUUGUAAGUCAGCCAGUCUUUAUUGUCUAAAAGUCUGCUAAAUUACAUUGUUACAAAAGUUGUGUUAGUGCUUGAGACAGAAACUAUGAAUUUUUAUUAUCUUCUCGCAAUAGAUGUCUGUAUAUCCCAGUGGGUUCCAGAGGCUGGAUUCAUUCUUUCUUACUAGUGUAUUUA